AUGAUGAUCCCGGAGUACUCCCCACGGGGAACCUCCAUCACAUACGGAAGCGCCACGGCUGUGCCGCCCAUGGUGUACCGUCUGAGCCUCAAGCCGGCAUCACCCACGCCUUCCACAACUUCAAAGGUCUCGGCUCCUAUCGCCACGUCUCCGACAGCCACUGCAAUUGUGUACAUACAAAGCCGCCGUCCUACUAUUCCUAACAGCUCUAGUACUGGAUCACUCGGGGCAAGCGCAGGUCGUUACAACGAGCGCAGACACAAGAGCUACUCGGAGUCUGCGGUACGUCUUGAGCGCAUGUUAGCCCCUGCCGCUACAUCUAGCGUCAUUCCACAAACAGGCCCGUAUUCGGCAGGUGAUGAGAAUGACUUUAUCCGUUCGUUGACUAUCUCUGGAUACUCUAAGAACAGUCAUGGCACUUGGAUGUUUAAAGUAGACGUGGGUGGUCCCAACGACAGUAAUGCGUACGUUGUACGCCGCCGCUUUACGGACUUUAAAUUGCUCCACGAUGGAUUGUCCAAGCUGUUGAAGCUUCCUGAAUUGCCACCACAUGGCGUCGUGUCAGUGUUUCAGAUGUUGGUGUCACCGAAGAAAUUGCUUACCGCACGUGCAACGCAACUGCAGGAGCUACUAUUGGUGAUUCGUGCGCACCCGUUGCUAUUCAAGAGCAAGGCGUUUAGCUUGUUCAUUGGCAAGAAUCCGAGCAGUUACGACGCUGGGUACGUGAGCUUGUCAGGCUAUGAAGUGCCUGCAAGCCGACGCAUAAGUCCAAUGGGGUCUUUCGACACUGCCUACUCAGUUUAA